GGAAUCCAUUAUAAUUGAAAUGAAAAAGUCCCUUUUACCGGGAAAUCAAAUAACAGAUGAGGACAUUCAGAGGGGAGUCGACUCCUAUUUAACAGCCACCAUGGGGCAGUCAGUUAAUUAUCGCCGGAAGAAGCUUUCAUAUAUUCAUAGGGAUUUGACCGACCGUGGGUCGGCUAGUCCCUAUUUGCAAUAAUCAAAGAAAUAGAAUCCAUGAAUGGCCCUUUUUUUUUAGCGUUCAUGGAUUGCUUUCCUCUUUUUUCUAUCCAUCUGAGUAUUUCUGAUAGCUUUUUCCCAUGCAUCCUUUCUGUUGGUCAACAACCAAGCACAUCUCUCUAUAGUUAUUCACUACUCCGUGCAGGAAAGACUCUCUUUCUGUCUGGAGGGAAUUUUUUUGUCUCAAUCAAUCACUAUGUUUCCACUCAAUUUUCAUUACGAAGAUGUAUCACGUCAGGAUCCGUUGCUCAAACUGAAUCACGCCAACGUUAUGGAAGUUCCUGGAUCGUGUGAAAUAAGAUUAGUACCUAAGGCACCCUAUGAUUUAAUAAUAAUAAAUGGAAAAUUGGCUAUGGAGAUUCCGCGCGGUCAGAAAUUCAUACAGACACAAAGGGGUUCGACAGGAAAGUCGUUUCGAUCCAAUCCAUUCUUGGGGUCAAAAAAAGACAAAGGAUAUGUCAGUGACCUAGCACGACAAAGCACUCUCCGAGGGCAUGGAAUGUCUAAUUUUUCGGUCAGAAUAUCGACAGUAAUGUCUCUGUUAGAUUCUCCGGUCGAAAUACGGGAAAACUCCAUUCAAUUCUCGAUGGAAACGGAGUUUUGCGAAUUCUCCCCGGAACUGGAAGAUCAUUUCGAGAUCUUCGAACAUAUUCGAGGGUUCAAUGUUACUAUUGUAACUUCGGCCAACACACAAGAUGAGACUUUACCACCGUGGAGCGGCUUUUUGCAAAAAGAUGAGGGAGAAACUCAGUAAGAGAUGUCGGAGAAGCGAAAUAUACGAGAUCACAAACGCAGAUUGCUCGCGGCUAAAUAUGAAUUGAGACGAAAGCUUUAUAAAGCCUUUUGUAAAGAUUCCGAUCUUCCUAGUGAUAUGCGGGACAAACUUCGUUAUAAGUUGUCCAAGUUGCCAAGAAAUAGUUCCUUUGCACGAGUAAGAAACCGAUGUAUUUCCACGGGUCGCCCUCGUUCCGUAUAUGAGUUCUUUCGAAUUUCUCGUAUCGUUUUUCGUGGAUUAGCAUCUCGAGGUCCUUUGAUGGGCAUAAAGAAAUCGUCUUGGUAGCAACCGCCAAACCCAUAAAACAAGGGUUAGCUCCGCAGCUGGUCCACAAGCAAGGUAAGUAGGUCCAUUACCGGCCGGCUCCGGACCGAAAAGACCUAACGGAGUAAUCCCUUAUCUCGGAUCGGAGAUGCUAACGGGGCAGGAAUCGAAGUGGGGGACCUAUCUACCGCCUGUGUCUAUCUCCUGUCAAGUAUGCUCCCCAGACAUAGACUACGUACAGGGUAGUACUCUUGGAUAUAAUAUCACCGCGUGAACGUGAACAUAACAUUAAGUUACGAAUGUAACUCCCGAGGGGUCGACCACUAUUCUAAAUAAAGUAAGGCGGAGAACUGUUGUUCAUUGGAGCGCCGGAGUGCGGGGGUUGUUCCCAUCAUUGAAGUCAGAGUGUGGGACUGAGCCUUCCGAAUGAUAAAGAAAAAAAAGUGCUUAGUUUCGUUGGAAAAACCAACGCAAAUAUCAUAUUGACUUUAUCUCGCCCGGAUAGAUAUAAAAGGUUGGAGAGAGUUACUUUAUGAAAUUGUCUCCUUUCUAAAGCUGCGCAAGGCGGCCCCACCCCUCUUUUCCCCCCUUUAAUGAAAGACCCUCGCCCCAAAAAAAUGGGAUGAAUUAAAAAAAAAGCUUUUUUAUUGAUUCAGGGCGCAGCGAAACCAAUUUAUUUCAAGGCAAAAGGGGGACUUACUUGACUUUUCCUGACGCUGAGUCAUCCUAUUCAAAUCAAAUUUAGCUAUGUUAAUCGAACAGGAAAAGUUUUCAGAUGAUAUGGACCCUGGACGAGAACCUCCAAUUGCUUAGGGGUCGCACUCUGUCCCGCUUGGUGGACGAAAUCUUCUCUCCUUUUAGAAUUAUUUCUCCCACACACCUUUGCCCUCUUUCACCGAAGAGGAAAUAAAAAUAUUCCAAGCGGACAGAGACCUAAAUUUCCAUUAGAUUCAUUCCUAAGCUUGCUUUGUUGCAGUAAGAUGAGAGUGCUGGGGAGAAGAGAAAGCGGUAAAAACCCCUCAGAUUCGGUCACCGAGCAGUCGUCCGACUCUUCAGUAACCCAGGAUGACCCGACCCCUUCGACGCUCGCUUCUUUCGCUGUAUACCCCCUCCAUCCUUCGGAGGUGGAAGAAAGAAAAGGUACUAUAAAUAAUUGAUUCUUUAUUCUUUUUAAGUAGGGCCCCAGAACGAAAAAAGGUGGGGGAACCUGAGUUGUCACGAUAGGAAAGAUAAAAAAAUGACUAUAAGGAACCAACGAUUAUCUCUUCUAAAACAACCUAUAUCCUCCACACUUAAUCAACAUUUGAUAGAUUAUCCAACCCCGAGCAAUCUUAGUUAUUGGUGGGGCUUCGGUUCGUUAGCUGGUAUUUGUUUAGUAAUUCAGAUAGUGACUGGCGUUUUUUAGCUAUGCAUUACACACCUCAUGUGGAUCUAGCUUUCAACAGCGUAGAACACGUUAUGAGAGAUGUUGAAGGGGGCUGGUUGCUCCGUUAUAUGCAUGCUAAUGGGGCAAGUAUGUUUCUCAUUGUGGUUCACCUUCAUAUUUUUCGUGGUCUAUAUCAUGCGAGUUAUAGCAGUCCUAGGGAAUUUGUUCGGUGUCUCGGAGUUGUAAUCUUCCUAUUAAUGAUUGUGACAGCUUUUACAGGAUACGUACCACCUUGGGGUCAGAUGAGCUUUUGGGGAGCUACAGUAAUUACAAGCUUAGCUAGCGCCAUACCUGUAGUAGGAGAUACCAUAGUUACUUGGCUUUGGGGUGGUUUCUCCGUGGACAAUGCCACCUUAAAUCGUUUUUUUAGUCUUCAUCAUUUACUCCCCUUUAUUUUAGUAGGCGCCAGUCUUCUUCAUCUGGCCGCAUUGCAUCAAUAUGGAUCAAAUAAUCCAUUGGGUGUACAUUCAGAGAUGGAUCAAAUUUCUUUUUACCCUUAUUUUAUGUAAAGGAUCUAGUAGGUUGGGUAGCUUUUGCUAUCUUUUUUUCCAUUUGGAUUUUUUAUGCUCCUAAUGUUUUGGGGCAUCCCGACAAUUAUAUACCUGCUAAUCCGAUGCCCACCCCGCCUCAUAUUGUGCCGGAAUGGUAUUUCCUACCGAUCCAUGCCAUUCUUCGUAGUAUACCUGACAAAUCGGGAGGUGUAGCCGCAAUAGCACCUGUUUUUAUAUGUCUGUUGGCUUUACCUUUUUUUAAAAGUAUGUACGUGCGUAGUUCAAGUUUUCGCCCUAUUCACCAAGGAAUAUUUUGGUUGCUUUUGGCGGAUCGCUUACUACUAGGUUGGAUCGGAUGUCAACCUGUGGAGGCACCAUUUGUUACUAUUGGACAAAUUCCUCCUUUUGUGUUCUUCUUGUUCUUUGCCAUAACGCCCAUUCCGGGACGAGUUGGAAGA